CAAAAAAUGCGCAUUCUCGCCGGACUUGAGGGCUGCGUUGGGCCUGGAGACGUGGUCUCGCCGUAGUGGAUAGUCUCGCUGGUCUGGAAUCGAAGGUAGCUACCGCAGGUUUCGCCGGAGAAAGGUGUCGCCGAUCUGGAGUCGAAGGCAGACUAAUUCUGGGCGGCGGAUCUGUGGGCGGAUCUGGCUGAUAACUGUGCGCGGUAGGGGAGGGCUCGGCUAAGAUGACGUGGCCGGCAAAGGCCUCAGGGCAGCGGAUCUGUACGCUGAUCUUUCGUAAAGAGUCGGAAGGCCUGGCUGAAGCGCGAUCUCGCCGGACUGGAGGGCUGCGGUGGGCCUUCUUUAGUCCGACAUCAGCGGCAGAGCUUCUUCAGUGGCAAGGGGUGAGACCGGCAGUGGCGGUGGCAGCCUGGCAGCGGCAGGGAGAAUACGACGGCAUUCGGAGAGGGAACUCCGGCAAACUCCAGAAAUGGCGCAGCAGAUGGAGGCUGAGCCGAAAAUCAAAUGGAGACGGAGGACGGCGGAAGUGAGGCCGGGGCGCAAGGUGGAGGCAGGUGACUAGGGGCGUGCAGGAGCCAGAUAGCUAAUCAAAGCUUCU